AUGCCACACCAAUUGCAGAGAUUGCCCUUACUUGAUUUCCUUGCAAUUGAUUCUCCUGAACUUCUAGCUAUUAUUACGACAACGGCUGCUACUACUGUUACUAUCACUAAUAAUGCAUGCACAUCCUCUUGGCGUGGCAUUACAAUACUUCAACAUGAAAUUAAUAUCCCCGACAUGUCACCUUAUGUACAAUACACAUAUACAUAUGUAGCUAUCGCUACUACAACUCGAAUUACAUUUGCUAUUCAAGAAGACAAUGGUUUUGUAGCUCUCGAUGAUAUUUCUGUUCGAGACACUGCAGCGCCAUCAGUUGAAAUACUUCUUAAUGGUGGUUUCGAAAUGAACUCUCUCGCAUACUGGCUUUAUUGUAAUCCAGGUGGUGCAACACAAGCAGGAAUGGUCACGCAAAAUUCGGAUUAUUACCCGUAUUAUAGCUAUACAUAUAUAGCUCAUUCUGGAAAUUGUUUUUAUUUGGAUGGUGCUGUCGGAGCUGCUGAUUAUCUCAGUCAAACAUUUUCGACAGUUAUCGGUCAUACAUACACGAUUUCCUAUUGGUUAGACAAUGAAGGCAGUGGUUCAUCGAGUAGUAUUGAUGUUUUACUCAGCAUUUAA